AGGUUGAGAGUGCGAAGAUGCAAUAUGAACGGUGAAGCUACCUUAGAUACAGUGGCCCUUUCCCCAACUGUCUCAAUAUCCUUACCCUUAGAUGAUGAUCCAAGCAAUAAGAUCGAUGAAGACAAGAGAUGGGACAGACACAUCCGACAAUCAUUAUCAAUUUCAAAUACCGUCCGGAUGUUACUUCUCCCACAAUCUCCUUGUCCCCAGUUAACUCAGGAGACAAGCAAUUCAACUAUGAUAACAACGAACUAUCAACGCUGCACAAAAAUCACGAGGUUUUCCCAAGCCUUGAGGACCUGAGCCAAAAGACGACUCAGAUUUUUGAGAUGAUUGCGGCGAAAGACUAUGAUGGAGUUGAGAAGAUAUUAUCAGAAAGAGGCCACAAAGUGGAUAUUGUCCCUAAAAUAGGUUGCUCCCCAUUGCACUACACUAGAUUGAAUGUAGCGAAUACAGAAAACAAUGAUGGAGACACGCCACUAAUUGCUGCUGCUAAAGUCAGUUACAGGAUGGUAGAUAUGAUCCUGGUAUACGGGGGUGAUCCGAACGUGACCAACACGGAGCGAGAUAGCCCCCUCAGUAUCGCUGCUGUUAGAGGAGACAGGGACUCUAUAGACGCUCUCCUCAACGCAGGAGCUAACCUCAACGCGGCUGUUAUCAAGCUCACCUCUUAUCUGAGGUAUCAGAAGGAAACUGAUCUGUUGAUGUCGCGGGAUUCGAGUCAGGAUUCAGCGUGAAGUCAUUGACAUACCUGCUUUCUAACGAUGUUUACUUGAAGUGUAGGGACCCCUUCAGAGCCGCAUUCGAUGUUAGCAAGAGUAUAGAGGCCAUAGUUAACAUCAGGGAUGAGUUUAGAAUGGAGUUUGAGUUGCUGAUCCGGGAUGCUGACGUGUUCGCCUACAAAAUGUUGGAUCAUUGUGACAGGAUGUGGGAAGCCAGGGAGGUGCUGGAGAGAUCACAUGGGCUGCUCAGAAAAGCGAUUGACGAAGGAAAGAAACGGUUUGUCGGACAUCCUUUUAGCCAGCAGAUCAUAAUUGAGGAUUGGUACGGCAAAGUGGCUUAUAAAAUGACAUUCGGUAAGGUAAGAAUAGCGGCCAAAUUUUUUCUGAGUCCUAUACUACUUCCGUGGUAUCUGCUCAAGUUCCUAGUGUUCGAGCAACAUGUUAAAGUAUCGCCAAUGGAGUCCAGCGUGGCACAACACAUGAAACUGCUCUCCAUUCCGUUCAUGUGCUUUGUGACCGAUAUAAUGAACUAUGUGUUACUGUUGGCACUACUUAUCGCCACUUGUGUGAGUCCUAAGAACUCUCACGUCCCUCUCGACGUGGAGUUCGUGUUAUGGUGCUGCACUGUUUCCAGACUCUUAAUAGAGUUUGAUCAGAUGUGGCAGCAGGGACUUUGGAGGUACCUGCCAAACAUGUGGAACGUUCUAGAGAUAUUCUCCUGUGCCAUGAUCGCAGCUGCUGCUGUAUACAGAAUCAUUGUGUGGGCCACAUAUGAUAACCCUGACGACAGUUUAAGUUUGAUUAAGCUGGAAAAUCUGCAUCAAGACAUCCUGAACAUUACCUACUUGUAUGCCAUUACAGAAUUUCUCAUUAUUCUGCGAUGGUUGAACUUUAUGGAGUUCUUCCCUGGUUUAGGUCCCCUCCUGAUCGCCCUGAGAGCCCUGAUUGCUGAUGUUUUCAAAUUUGUGCUGAUCGUGCUGCUGACAUGUGUGCUGGGUACUGCUAUAGCUGUUCACUCUAUAGUUAGCACAGUGAGAACACACAAUGAAACCAUUACUGAUUUGGUGAAUAAUAAUGUACUGGACGGAGCAGAUGUCAAGUCAAAGACCAUCCCAAAAUUCUUCAAAGACUUCUGGACUUGUUUGAUGAAUGUCAUUUGGUCAACAUUUGGUUUACUAGAAGUACCAGAGAUAGAAGUGGGAAACGACAGCACUUCAACCUACGUGGUGUACAUUAUUCUCCUCCUGUACAUCAUCUUAGCAGUGGUUCUCAUGCUGAACAUGUUAAUAGCCCUUCUCAACAAUACCUUCGAAAGAAUCCAGGGAAACUGUGACAUUGAGUGGAAAUAUGCCAGAAGCGAACUUCUCAAGGAAUAUAGAAACGGGCAACCUUUCCUCUUUCCGUUCCACUUUUUCCUGAUUCCGGUAACGAUAUGGUACAGAUCAGAAAUAGAGAGACAACACAUUCUGAAGCGGAUCACAACCGGCAACCUGGAGGGACAGACGGAACGUGACAAGUUGUUCAGCACACUUUGUGACCGUUACAGCAGAUCCGCCGCCUCCUCCGAGAUGUGCGGUGUGAUUGAGGGUUACAUGAACAUCGACCGGAGAGAGACAUUUGCAGAGGUGGUUGCACUUGAGCGGCACAACUCAAUAAUGAGAGGGGCGAGGAAGACUAAAACUAAGAGAUUAAAAAGAGAAAGUCAGGGUAAUUUAAAUGAGCAAGAUGUUAAAAGUAAGGUGUAGAUCUGAGUCAAAUGUUUUAAUAGUCAAUUAAGAGGGGAGGGGGGGAACGCCUGUAUCUGUAAGAGUCCUACCAUUUUCUCCCAUUAGCAUUUGUAAUUUCCAUGAACUACUAUAAUUAUAACCCCAUUCCCUCUGAGAGCAAGUUCAGCUGGCGACGAUGGCAAGUUUGAAGUUCCACAUUUAUGAUUGAUUGACGAUGUCAAUCCUUCGCAUCUCGCCGAUCUGCUGUGGUUGCGAGAAGCAUUAUUUGAUGCGCGCGCGACCCAGUAGUGCAUCGCGCUACAACAUUUAUGAUAAUUUCUAAAUGACCUAUUUUGACCUAUAAUAUCUGCCAAAAAUGCAAUGAACAGUCCAGUGGGUUUGCUGUCCGCAAUACAAUUGUAUGGGUAUCACCCGUUAACAAUGCAAUUGCUUUUCAUUUAUAAAACAUGAUUCAGUGCCAGAUUUGCAUGGUUUAGUAUCUGCUUGUUUUUAAUUUCAUAUAAUUUUCAAGUUUUAAAAUGUUUA